UCGAUCGGCGCCACUGGAACACUCAGCUUCCAAAAGCUCAGCUCAAAUAGGUUUACCACCAACCAUCACUUGCUUGGUUCUCCCUUAAAUUUCAACUCAAUCGAAGAAACGGUUGCUCAUAGAAUCUCCAAUUUGCAUAGUGAAUCAUCGCAUUCACGUCUUGUCAGCUUCUUUCGAGGAGUUUCAAUGGCGUCCAAGUUCGGUUUGGCCGGAGGGUUACCGGAGCGGCGAGUGCGCCCGAUAUGGGACGCCAUCGAUUCGAGGCAGUUCAAGAAUGCUCUCAAAGCUGUAACAACACUGCUAGCCAAAUAUCCGAAUGCGCCUUACGCCUUGGCACUUAAAGCGUUGAUUUUGGAAAGAAUGGGGAAGCCCGAUGAAGCUUUAUCUGUCUGUUUAAGUGCCAAAGAGCUACUGUAUACUAACGAUUCUAUCUUGAUGGAUGAUCUUACUCUGAGCACGUUACAAAUUGUUUUCCAGCGACUUGACCAUAUGGACUUGGCAACUGGCUGUUAUGAAUAUGCUUGUGGAAAAUUUCCAAACCAUCUCGAUCUGAUGAUGGGGCUUUUCAACUGCUAUGUUCGCGAGUAUUCGUUUGUUAAACAGCAGCAGACAGCUAUCAAGAUGUAUAAACUUGCAGGUGAAGAAAGGUUUUUGCUGUGGGCAGUCUGUAGCAUUCAAUUGCAGGUGCUUUGUGGUGGUGGUGGGGAAAAGCUGUUGCUAUUAGCUGAGGGUUUACUCAAAAAGCAUAUUACAUCCCAUAGCUUACACGAACCUGAAGCUAUUAUGGUCUACAUUUCAAUAUUGGAACAUCAAGCCAAGUAUGAAGAUGCUUUGGAAGUUCUCACUGGGAAGUUGGGAUCAUUAUUAACUGUUGAAGUUGAUAGACUUCGCAUACAGGGGAGGCUUCUUGCUCGGGCAGGUGAUUUUGCUGAUGCUGCCAACAUAUUUCAGAGAAUCUUGGAGUUACGCCCUGAUGAUUGGGAGUGUUUUCUACAUUAUCUAGGCUGUCUGCUGGAGGAUGAUAGUAACUGGUGCACUGAAGCGAGUAUUGACCCAAUUCAUCUACCAAAGAAGGUGCUUUGCAAGAUCUCACCUUUGGCAGAAGAAUUGUUUAACUCUCGUAUAUCAAAUGCAUCAGCUGUUAUACAAAGACUACAAGAAGAUGAUAACAACAAAUUUUUAAGGGGCCCAUUCUUGGCAAAUCUUGAAAUUGAAAGGAGAAAGCACAUGCAUGGCAAGGGUAAUGACGAAAAUUUGUUGAGGGCCCUUACUGAUUAUUAUGUCAGAUUUGGUCACCUAGCUUGCUUCACUUCUGAUGUCGAGAUGUUCCUUGAGGUGUUAACUCCUGAUAAAAGGACUGAAUUACUGGAGAAGUUAAAGAAAACCACUCCCGCUACAUCUAUCAUCACAACUAAGGCCGUUGGACAGUCAAUAACGCUUUUAAAACUUCAAGAUUUGAGUGGAAAUAUGUUCCAUCAACCGGUCUCUGAACUUGAGUGCUGUGCGGCACAGAUGGCAGAGAUGUACUGUAAAAACCUCCCACUUUCAAAAGAUUUAGAUCCUCAAGAAAGUAUGCAUGGGGAAGAGCUUUUAUCACUGAUAUGCAAUGCGCUGGUUCAGCUCUUUUGGCGUACACAAAAUUUUGGCUACAUCAUAGAGGCUAUUCUGGUUUUGGAGUGGGGCUUGACCAUCAGAAGAUACGUUUGGCAGUACAAGAUCUUAUUGUUGCAUCUAUAUUCCUAUCUAGGUGCCCUUUCUUCAGCUUAUGAGUGGUAUAAGUUGUUGGAUGUAAAGAAUAUCCUGAUGGAAACUGUUUCACACCACAUUGUGCCCCAGAUGUUGGUAUCUCCUCUUUGGGAAGAUCUUAGUAAUCUUGUAAAUGACUACUUGAAGUUUAUGGAUGAUCACUUCAGAGAGUCUGCGGAUCUUACAUUUCUUGCAUAUCGCCAUAGAAGUUAUUCAAAAGUUAUUGAAUUUGUUCAAUUCAAAGAACGGUUGCAACACUCUAACCAGUAUCUAGUUGCAAGAGUGGAAGAAUCUAUUUUACAGUUAAAGCAACAUGCACAUAACAUUGAAGAAGAGGAGGCUGUUCUUGAGAGCUUGAAAUAUGGGAUUCAAUUUGUUGAGCUGUCUAAUAAGAUCACCUCUAAACCUCUAACGUUUAAUGAAGAUUUGCAGUCACGCCCAUGGUGGACUCCGACAUCAGAUAAAAAUUAUCUUUUAGGUCCAUUUGAAGAAAUUUCCUAUUUUCCGAGAGAGAACUUGAACAAAAAUCUGGAAGCCGGUGUUAGGAGAAAUGUUGAGAAGAGAUCUCUUCUUCCUCGCAUGCUUUACCUCUCUAUUCAGAGUGUUUCAACAUCAACCAAGGAGAACUUUGAGAUUAAUGGUUCUCUGUCUGAUCCCAAAAUCUCCUCGGAGCUAAAAUGCUUGCUUGAGAGCUAUGCAAAAAUGUUGGGAUCUACUUUUGAGGAUGCAGUUGAACUGGUCACGGGGGUUUCUAAUGGACUAAGUUCGUAUAAGGAUUUUGGCCCCAAUUUGGCUGAAUGGUUGAAUUUUGCUGUGUUUCUAAAUGCAUGGAACUUAAGCUCUGGUGAGCUAGGUGAAAAAAAAGCUGAUGGAUGUCAGUUUCAUACCUGGCGUAUCGUCGAUUCUCUUCUGGAAAAGUACAUCUUGGAGCAAGUUGGAUCCUUGGAGUUCACAAUCUUCACCCCGUAUACCGACAUAAGGACGCUCUUGCAGUUGGUUUCAGAGCCAUUAGCUUGGCAUAGUCUUAUACUCCAAGCCUGUGUCCGAUCUUCUCUCCCAUCAGGUAAAAGGAAGAAGAAAACAAGCUCCGCUGAGCUAACCUCUUCUCCUCUAUUUCUUGCAAUUCGGGAUUCAACACAAUCUUUGUGUAGUAUUCUAGAGAUCCUGAUGAACUGGUUAAGUGUGUUUGUCAACCAAUCGGAUGAAGGUAAAUUAGAAGCCAUACUCUUGUCUAUUCAAAAGAGUGGAAACAACAACGAAGGACCUGGGCAAGUCUUCCACGCACUCGAAACCUUGACGUCGUCCAUGGACAAUACUGAACUUGGUCAUAGGAUAUCUGAAGCAUUGAAGUCAUGGAAUACUGUAGAUGUUGCAAGAAAGCUAGUUACCGGGAAGAACGUAGUAUUAAGUGAGUUUAUAAAAAUUUGUGAAUCGAAACUCAAAUCAAUUCAGAUAUUGAAACAGCAAAUAUCCCAAGUCUGAAGACCUAGCUACUACAAUUCCCAUUGGUGCCGCAUCUCUCAUUUUGGUUGCAUUCAGCCAAAGUUCAUCUCUGGAAGAAUAAUAUUGAGUUUUAAGUAAUGUUUUUCAUUCGAUUCCCUUACAUAUAUAUUGAUUCUCUUGUCUUAUAUUUGAGCUUAAAUUAUGUUAAGUUCCAGUUAAUCAUUAGUUUUGGUUGCAUCUCUAGCUGCAUGAACCACACUGUUUUCUCUAUUGGAAGCAUUACUAAUUUUGUAUAGAGAAAAAGUUGCACAAAUACAAAAUGACUGAGCCAAGGUCAUU